AGUAGAGAACAUCAUCAAUCAAAAUUGUCAAAGCAACGUUUCAAGACAAGACAACAACGUAGUUUCUUUCUGGGUCUGAGGAUGUUGCUACGGAGGGUAGCUGCAGCUGUUACAGUGUUGUUGUUUAUAGCUUCUGUAGUGGAGGGAAAGCCUCAACGAAUUGUUGUGGAUACUGAUGUUGAUACUGAUGAUUUAUUUGCUCUGCUUUAUCUUCUUAAGCUCAACACUUCACAAUUUCAAUUGGAGGCAGUGACCAUCAGUGCAAAUAGCUGGACUAGUGCAGGGCAUGCUGUGAACCAAAUUUAUGACUUGCUGUACAUGAUGGGGAGAGAUGAUGUUGCUGUUGGAAUUGGUGGUGAGGGUGGAAUACUGUCAAAUGGUACCAUACUCCCAAAUGUUGGUGGAUAUCUACCAAUUAUAGAACAGGGAAUGACAACAAUAGGAGGCUGCAGAUACAGGCAGGCCAUUCCCGUAGGACUUGGAGGACGCUUAGAUAUUGAUGCAAAUUAUGGUAUCAGGAAAUCUUUCCUCCCACAGGGAAAAAGGAAAUAUACACCACUAGAGCAACCAACUGCUCAACAAGUGUUGAUUGAAAAAGUGUCUGCAGGUCCCACAACUUUGUUUAUGAUGGGAGCUCAUACAAAUGUUGCAAUUUUCCUAAUGAAUAAUCCACACCUUAAGAAAAAUGUGGAACAUAUUUAUAUAAUGGGUGGAGGUGUAAGGUCAAGCAACCCUACUGGUUGUUGCCCAAAAAAUGCUUCAUCUAACUGUGUGCCUCGACAGUGUGGUGACCAUGGAAAUAUGUUUACAGAUUAUAAUACUAACCCUUAUGCAGAAUUCAAUAUCUUUGGAGACCCUUUUGCAGCUUACCAGGUGAUUCAUUCUGGAAUUCCAGUCACCCUAGUUCCUCUUGAUGCAUCAAACACAAUCCCCAUCACUGCACAAUUCUUUGAUGCAUUUGAAAAGAGUCAAGACACACAUGAAGCACAAUACUGUUUCAAAUCCUUGAAAAUAUCUCGUGAUACUUGGUUCGACAACGAAUUCUAUUCGAGUUAUUUUAUGUGGGACUCUUUUAUGACUGGUGUGGCUGUCUCCAUCAUGAGUAAACCCAAUAAUCACAAAGGAGAUAAUGAAUUUGCAGAAAUGGAGUAUAUGAACAUAACUGUAAUUACUUCUAAUAAACCAUAUGGAAUAUCUGAUGGUUCCAAUCCAUUAUUUAAUGGCCUAAAAGUUCCCAAGUUCAAUCUUGAAAAAGGUGGUGUCCAUAGUGGUCAUAUUCAACAAGGACUCAGAGAUCCUCUUUGCUUCGUCGAGAAUGGCAAAGGAAAAUGUCAGGAUGGUUACACAAAAGAGGAAGGUGGUCCAGGCUCUGUGAGGGUACUUGUUGCUACAAAAGCAAAGCCUAACCGAGAUGUUGGGAGUUCACUUGACAGGGAAUAUUUCAUAAGAUUUUUAGAUGUUCUAAAGCAACCACGACAAGCAGGGAGAUACAACUUCACUACUCAGUUUCCCUACUACAAAGAAGUAACUUACAAGCCAAACUUUCAAAAUAAAAAAUUGGGAAAACCUGUUGUUUUUGACAUGGACAUGAGUGCAGGAGAUUUUCUAGCUCUAUUUUACCUCCUUAAAGUGCCUGUUCAAGUAAUCGACCUUAAGGCAAUCAUUGUGAGUCCUACUGGAUGGGCAAAUGCAGCAACAAUAGACAUAAUUUAUGACAUACUUCACAUGAUGGGUCGUGAUGAUAUACCAGUUGGUCUAGGAGAUGUUUUCGCAAUGAAUCAGAGAGAUCCAAUAUUCGGAGCCGUUGGAGGCUGCAAGUAUGUUAAAGCCAUUCCUCAUGGGAAUGGAGGUUACAUAGAUUCCGAUACUCUUUAUGGUCUUGCUCGUUAUCUGCCACGAAGCCCAAGAAGGUAUACAGGAGAAAACUCUGUGAAGUUUGGAGCCCCACGGGAUACGGAUCACCCAGAACUUAGACAACCACUAGCUAUGGAAGUUUGGGAGUCUGUAUUGCAAACAAUGAAACCAGGGUCCAAUAUUACUGUACUAACCAACGGACCCUUGACUAAUUUGGCAAACGUUGUUUCAGUGAAAAAUAUAAGCUCUAGAAUUCAGGAAGUUUUUGUAGUGGGGGGGCACAUCAGCAGUAAUGCAGAAGACAAAGGAAAUGUGUUUUCAGUUCCUUCUAACCAAUAUGCAGAAUUCAACAUGUUCCUAGAUCCUUUAGCCGCCAAAACAGUGUUCGAAUCAGAAGUUAAGAUCACACUCAUUCCAUUGAGCACUCAGCGCCAAGUGAGUUCAUUUGCAACUAUUAUAGGUAGAUUAGAAGGGACAAGAAAAACAUCAGAGGUUGUGUUUACCAAGAGUCUAUUGUCAAGCCUAAACCGUUUGAAGCAAACCAAUAACAGAUAUUACCAUAUGGACACGUUCCUGGGAGAAAUUCUAGGUGCAGUAGUCUUGGCUGAUAGGUCUUCAAGUUUGAAUCCGAAAUUUGAGGUGAAGCCUAUUAAAGUCUUAGCUAGUGGCAUUGAAUCCACUGAUGGAAAAAUAGUGGUAGAUGAGAAACAUGGAAAGUUAGUCAGAAUAUUAAGCAAUGUGGAGGAAAAGGCGUAUUAUAAUAUGUACGUAAACAAGCUUGGCGAUCUGUAUCAGUCAGCCAAGGUAGGAAGCUUUGAAGAACAGAUGAGGAAUUGGAGUCAUCCUCACGAUGGUAAGCCUAACGAAGAAAAAGUUGCUCAAAUCCAUGGUUAAGAAUGGCCACAACAACCACCAAAUGGCUCGGUUUUUCUCAACAAUGAUAGAAUAUGAAUACAUAUUCUCUUUAAACAAUAAUUAUAACAUUGUUGAUGAGCUUAUGAGAAAGAUAAUAUUGAAUUGCACCAUUCAUUAUCACUCAACAAUUUUUUUUGCUUAGACGGUUGUAUCUCAAAAUCCAUAGUUGGAUUAUAAUACAAUCAUAUUGAUUAUAUUUAUAAAAAAUUUCAUCAACUUUAUAUGGAUGCACAAUGUAACCGUCAAGAUUGAAGAACGCAGACACAUUAUUCAAUUAUAAAUCAUAUAUCAUAA